ACAACUGGUCUGGAUAGGAGUAAAAGUGGUCUUUAGCAGACAUCAUACUGCACGGGUGAAGAAGGAAGCAACGCCCCCGCCUUUAUCCGUCGCAGUUUGUUUUGCUACCCGGAGGGAAGGGUUUAAGUGUAACACCGUGGAAACAGGAAGAGCGGACAGCUGUUAAAAAAAAUCCGUCCAUAGUUCCUCCAAAGAAAGAAAAUAAAAACACAGCUGGUUCGGGUUUUAAAAAUAUACCACCAAACAAAGUGGCUUCAUUCAGCAAUUCCGUCUGAAACGCCGCGAUGAGGCGAAACGACCGGAGCGUGAAUGGAUCUGAAUCGGACUCUGGUGAUGAUGAUAAUGAAGUUGAAAGCCAUGUUGUAUCACCAAGUGAAACCCAAGACGUGAUGACGAGAGGGCGGAACUUCGUUGGGUUCUGGCUCCUGGGAUUGUGCAAUAACUUUGCCUACGUCAUUAUGCUGAGCGCAGCCCAUGACAUUCUCAGCCAGCAGCAAGCAGGGACCAACGCCACACUGCCAACAGCCCAGCCUACCGUUUUGAAUGGGACAGACUGGGAGCUGCCCAGCAUCGCUGUGGACAAUUCGUCCAACACCAGCCGUUAUGACUGCAACCCUGUGUCCACAGCUGCUAUUCUUUUAGCUGACAUCCUCCCCACUCUUGUGAUCAAGUUCUCCGCUCCCUUCUUCAUCCACCUCAUCCCCUACAGUAUCCGAGUUUUACUGUGCUCCCUCACGGCCGCAACCAGUUUCAUCAUCGUCUCCUUUUCCACUGGUAUAUGGAUGAGCAUUCUGGGUGUGGUGUUUGCCAGUGUAUCCUCGGGUCUGGGAGAGCUCUCGUUCCUUGGCCUUACCUCGUUCUUCCACAGCUCUGUGAUUUCAGGCUGGUCCUCUGGUACAGGUGGGGCUGGUAUUUUGGGUGCGCUCUCGUACUCCGGCCUGACACAGGUCGGUCUGUCCCCCAAAAACACUCUGCUGGUGAUGCUGCUCGUACCCGUGCUCAUGAUGAUCAGUUAUUUUGGGGUCCUGGUGCACCCCCCCUCUCUCCCAGGCUGGUCACGAAAGCGUGCACCCCCCCAAACAGACAGAGGGGCCAGGAGACCCCUGUUAGACGAGGAGGACCACCAGGAAGACGUUACAAACACUGAAACUCUGGGUCUUAAGGAAAAGGUUUUUAUAGUCAGGGGUCUGCUGAAGUAUAUGAUCCCUCUGGCCGUUGUUUAUUUUGCUGAAUAUUUCAUCAACCAGGGACUGUUUGAGUUGCUGUACUUUCCAAAAUCAGACUUGAAACAUUCGGAGCAGUAUCGCUGGUACCAGACUCUGUACCAGCUCGGUGUGUUUAUCUCCAGAUCUUCAGUGAACUGUGUGCAGAUAAAAAAGAUCUGGAUCCUCGCUGCACUGCAGUGUGUGAAUGCACUGGUUCUGUUGCUGGCUGUGUAUUACCAGUUCUUCCCCAGUAUCUUCAUCGUUUUUGCCUUCAUCCUGUAUGAGGGUCUGCUGGGAGGGGCUAGCUACGUGAACACCUUCAAUAACAUCAGCAGAGAGAGCUCCGAUUCACUCCGGGAGUUUGCCCUGGGAGCCGCAUGCGUCUCCGACACUCUGGGAAUCUCCCUCUCCGGAGCCCUGGCUAUCCCGCUGCACGACUACCUGUGCCGACUUCCCUGAUGAGAGGCGGACAAACUCAACCAAGCCCCCAAACCCAAGGACAUUCCCGAUUCGACAGGAGCUCAUCCGGAGCUCAUCCGCUUCCAAGCAGCUGAUUUGAUCUCAGAACUUUUGUAAAAUAGGGCUUAAAGGAUCCCAGUGAUGGUGCCUCCUUUCUAGACAAAAUUUGGGUACUUUUUCACCCCCCCAAAACUUGCAGAAAGUUCAAAAUAAAUCUGAUUAAGAACUACAGCUCCCAGCAUCCCUCACCAUUGCCGCAGGUGAAAAAGCAUGCUGGGAACUGUAGUUCCAGCUAGUGCAGUACCGCCUUGAAUGAAGAAUGAAGUGUGUUUUAUAGAUGCUCUCCCGGUCUCGUUGCAUUUUAGUUUUUUUACAAAACAGUACGUUGUUAAAUUAUCAUUUUGAUCUCAUUCUGCCUCAUGCAAGUUGCCCAUCAAGGCCAUUGCAUUUAUCAUGAUGCAUAUCCUAUCUCAGCCUGUGUCGUGUCAGUUCUUGUCUUGUUACAUCUUAAGUGGGAAGUUUAUUAAAAUGUAAAGGUUAUGGUGUUUUUAUUGGUUUUAAGAAUAUAAAAAAUAUAUAUAUAUAUUUGAUUUUAAACUUUUGUUUUUCUUUUUAAUCAAAAUGUAACAUGUCCCCAUCAUCAUAAUCAUAAUAAUAAUUCUGACAAAAAAUUACAAUAACUAUAAUACAGUAACAUCAGUUAACCACCGGGUGUCGCUAGUGAGUAAGUUCCAUGUGCAGCUCUGGCUAAAACUUUCGCAUCCCCCUCUAUAUAGAAUGAACUCCCUCAGCUUCAUAGAGUCCAAUGAAAGCUGCUGAAUAAUGUUCUCUUGUUAACAUAUUGAAUUCCACACCCUCUAUAUAGAAUGAACUCCCUCAGCUUCAUAGAGUCCAAUGAAAGCUGCUGAAUGAUGUUCCCUUGUUAACAUAUUGCAUUGCACACUGCUUUGUAGAUUUCCAUAUACUUAACUGAAAAACUGACAAAAAUGGAAAAAUGUGACAUUUUGAAGUCUAACAUGAAAUACUAAUGUACUACUAUUAUGGCUUCCAAUGGCUUCUGGUUUGUUAAUUUAUAUAUAUAUAUAUAUAUAUAUAUAUAUAUAUAUAUAUAUAUAUAUUUAUUACUGAGCAUCACAAGAAACGUAUCACUUAUAUUUGAGCAUCAAAAGAAACGUAUCACUUAUAUUUGGAUAAAAUUCACUAGAUGUGAUCGAAAAAUGACAGGGUGACUUUUUAUUGUGCUGAUUAGCAAUCGACAUCACGAAGAUGCUGCAGAAUGAUCUGUGGAUCUGGGGCAGGUGUUGUGACUCUUGGUCUCCCGGUUGUCUGGUUAUGCCGUCUCGCCAGGUUUGAAAUCGCUGGCUGUGAGCACCCAAGACGGCGAGCCACAGCGCGCUGCCCUCAUCCAGCCUCCGACAUCCUGAUCGCACGAAGGCGCUGCUGUCUGGACAGACGUGGCAUGUUGUUUUGUUUUUUUUCUGUGAUUUUCUUUAUUGCUUUUAUUCAAGCUUGCAAUUCAACAGCUGAAAUCACUCCAUAUCCAGCGUCCAAUCAGCUGUCUCACUAAUUAGGUGAUUAAGCGCAUCUGCUUCAGUCACAGUCACUCAAGCGCGUCAUGGGCAAGGAUGAAUGAUCAAGUGAUUAAAAAAGAAACCAAAAACAUUUUGUCAAUGUCCAUCAUUUCUAUACCUUAUUUUUUUUUUCGAAAAUAAAUGUGUUAUAAUAGUGACAAGUCUCUUUUGAUGCUCAAUUAUAUAUAUAUAUAUAUAUAAUUUAUUUAUUCAAUUGUAUCAAUCCAAAAAUCUAGGUGAUAUAAAUUGGGCUUUCAUUUAGACUGCCAUAAUGUUAAAAGUAAAAUGUUUUGAUUUGAUCAAUAAAUGUUAUUUCAGCAAAUUCCUGUUCCUGUACAAAAUCAAUCAAUUAAUAAAAAUAUAUAUUACAUAUG